GGUGUGGGUGUGAGGGGAGGGAUAGGGCUCCACCAGGAACAGGAGCAAGCCAACGUGAUGUCCUGUCCAAUGACGCCAACACCACCACAGUGAGGAGACCAGAGCAGGCGAUGUAGAGCCACCAUGGAGGAGAACAGAUGGUUUUUGUCCGUCAUUCAGGAUGAGUUCACAAGUGGGAAGAUUGAUUUAGAUAGCACAGUUCAGCUAUUCGAAAAACUGCACAUGCCUUUUGAUUUUGCACAUGUAAAACAUGCUUUCAAGAAAACAGUUGACAAAAGGAAGGAAAAUACGAUUAACAUGGAAGAUUUCAGGUCAAUUUACAGAACUAUUGUACACAGACCCGAAUUUCAGGAACUUUUCCGGAUUUACUCUCCAAACAACAAAGUUCUAGUUGACACUGAGCUCAUUGAUUUUCUCAAAAAAGAACAGUAUGAAACUGAAGGUUGUGAAACAAUGGCAUUAGAAAUUAUUUUGAAGUAUGAACCCAUUGAAGAAGUCAGGAAAAGAAGACAGAUGUCAUUUGAAGGAUUUAUAAGGUACCUGAGCUCAGACGACUGUUCGGUAUUAAAAAAGGAUCGCAGGACCGUCUACCAAGAUAUGAACCAGCCAUUAUGUGACUAUUUUAUUUCGUCUUCUCAUAACACCUACUUGAUAUCUGACCAACUAAUAGGGCCCAGUGAUUUAUGGGGAUAUACCAGUGCCCUCUUAAAAGGAUGUCGUUGCCUGGAAAUUGACUGCUGGGAUGGCUCCAACAAUGAACCUGUUGUGUAUCAUGGUCACACUUUAACAAGCAAAAUUCUUUUUCAUGAUGUAAUUGAAGUAGUAGACAAGUAUGCAUUUACGGCAUCUGACUAUCCAGUGGUACUGUCUUUGGAGAACCACUGCAGCCCUAGGCAGCAGGAAGUAAUAGCAGAACAUUUACAAAAUAUUCUAGGUGACAAACUUCUUACUUCAACACUUGGUGAUCCAGACGUGACUGAACUACCUUCCCCUGAGGCAUUAAAAUUCAAAAUUCUGAUUAAAAAUAAAAAAGUUGGAACAAUUGAGGAAGGUAUGCUCAGGAGAAAUCUUGACCGUCGGGGUGAGACAGUAGAAAUUACUGAUUCUGAAAAUCUGUCUGAUGAAGAUGAGACUGAUGAAACGGCCCCUCUUUGCUCAAAGAGUGAUUCCUCAAAAAGAAAAAGUGACCGUAGAUCUUCGCCCCUACCUCGAAAAAAAGCAAAGAUGAAGAAGAAAAAGCUUGCCCUUGCAUUGUCGGACCUUGUGAUUUAUACCAAAUCUCAGAAGUUUGUGAGCUUCGAGCAUUCUCUAGAAAAUCAGAAGUGCUAUGAAAAUAAUUCGAUUGGAGAGGUUCGAGCACGAAAAUUUAUAAAAAAUUCAGCUCGGGAGUUUAUUUCACACACUUCAAGAUUCCUUACAAGAAUCUACCCCAAAGGAACAAGAACGAACUCUUCAAAUUAUAAUCCUCAGGAGUUCUGGAAUGUGGGAUGUCAAAUGGUGGCCUUAAACUUCCAGACACCGGGAGUACAAAUGGAGCUGCAAAAUGGAAAAUUCCUAGACAAUGGUGGCUGUGGCUAUAUUCUGAAACCAGAAUUCUUGAGAAAUCGUUAUUCAACAUUUACCCCACAGAAUGUGGGAAGAUACAGUAAACCAAUGUCUCUGUCAAUAAAGCUCAUCAGCGGUCAUCAGUUACCACCCAGUAACCUGUCGAAGACUAACAAAGCGGACCCUUUAGUGCAUGUAGAAAUUUAUGGUGUGCCAGAAGAUCAAACAAAAAAGAAAUCUAGUGUUGUAAAAAGCAAUGCUUUGUGCCCUAGAUGGGAUGAAACUUUCUCUUUUACUGUCCAAGUUCCAGAACUGGCAUUGAUACGCUUCUGUGUGAAGGAUGAGAUAUCUCUGGUUUCAAACGAAUUCCUUGGUCAAUACACAUUACCAGUGAUGAACUUGAGUAAAGGUUACCGUAAGGUUCCCCUGUUGUCCAAAGAUGGCGCCAAGCUUGAAUCUGCAUCACUGUUUGUUCAUAUCUGGUACUAUUAAUGAUGCUCUGCAGUAACAGUUAUUCUGGAGGAUCACACCCUGCUCAAUAAAGAAACAUCACUAGGCUUGCAAUAAUCCAACGCUCUGAUUUCCAGAGUGGUGUGUUCUCAAUUAUUUUAUUAAGCUAAUGGGACUACUUGUGCAAGUAAAUGGUAUCCUGAAUAAGUAAUGAUUACUGACAUUGGCCUAUCAUUAUUUAGAACUAAU